GCGGCCUUUUCUUCCGCUCCCACCCCAGGUGCUCCCAGGCGGCUGCACUGGCUCGGAAGAGUAGCAGGAGGAGCUUGCUGCGGGAACAAACCUGGAGGCAAACCUGUAGGAGGCAAUGUUUGAAUAACUCUGAGACGACCAGACAGUGAAAAUGUCAGCCCUCAACUGGAAGCCCUUUGUGUAUGGAGGGCUGGCCUCCAUCACAGCAGAGUGCGGCACAUUUCCAAUUGAUUUAACUAAGACGCGGCUUCAGAUUCAAGGCCAGACCAAUGAUGCCAACUUCCGAGAGAUCAGGUACCGAGGAAUGUUACAUGCGCUGAUGAGAAUAGGCCGAGAAGAAGGCCUGAGGGCGCUGUAUUCAGGGAUUGCACCGGCAAUGCUGCGCCAGGCUUCCUAUGGGACCAUCAAGAUUGGCACGUACCAGAGCUUGAAGCGAUUAGCUGUGGACCGCCCGGAAGAUGAAACCCUGCUGAUCAAUGUUGUGUGUGGAAUUCUGUCUGGAGUCAUAUCCUCAGCUAUUGCUAAUCCGACUGAUGUUUUGAAAAUCCGAAUGCAAGCACAGAACAGCGCUGUUCAAGGAGGAAUGAUUGGCAACUUCAUCAGCAUUUACCAGCAGGAAGGGACAAGAGGACUGUGGAAGGGUGUGUCCCUCACGGCCCAGAGGGCAGCCAUUGUUGUGGGCGUAGAGCUUCCAGUCUAUGACAUCACCAAGAAGCACCUGAUACUCUCAGGCCUGAUGGGAGACACGGUCUCAACGCACUUUCUCUCAAGCUUCACCUGUGGCCUGGUGGGGGCCUUGGCCUCAAACCCAGUUGACGUGGUGAGAACCCGCAUGAUGAAUCAGAGAGUCCUUCGAGAUGGCAGAUGCGCGGGCUAUACGGGUACCUUGGAUUGUCUCCUGCAGACGUGGAAGAAUGAAGGGUUUUUUGCUCUCUAUAAAGGAUUUUGGCCAAAUUGGUUACGCCUUGGUCCUUGGAAUAUCAUUUUCUUUUUGACUUAUGAACAGCUGAAGAAAUUGGACUUGUGACCACACAAGCCAUUUUUCUGACGAACCUGAGUUCCAUGACGGUAGAACCUCCUGUGCUUCUGGCUGCUUCUCACUGCACAGCUCAUCACUGCUUCUGGGAUGGGAGCAAUGGAUGAAGACUGGGUUCUUCAGAUCGCCAUGUGUGGGCACCGGAUGCUUUUCAUCUGCGUCCAGAGCCUAGAGCAUAAUCCCGCCCACUCCCUGGUGGUUACCGUUGAAGUGCCCUUUGACAUCCUAGAUGACUGGUGCACAGAAUACAUCUCCCUUGCUGUAGAAACCUGCAAGAAGUCAGAACCGUGUGAGCUUUCUUCCUGGACAGCAGCCACGUCACGUCUGGGCUUCCAGCUGUGAACAUCAGCUCGGAGAAGGUCUUGGAGUGGUGGAGUGCUCGUAGUCCUCUACCACUGAGAACUUCAGUUUCCUGAGACUUUACAGUUGUACGUUUACCCUCUAGACCCGGACAGCUAUAGGAAGCACAUCUUUAGCAUAUUGAACUGCUUUAUAGUUCUGUUUGGGCAGAAUUGUUCACUCACAGUAGACUCACCUUUGUGAGGGAACAUUAACCAUUUGCCCUAUGAUUUUUUUUUUUUUUAGCGAAGUUUAUUAUUUCCAUACUAAUCAAAUGGGGAUAAUCAUGCUUUGUGAAAUAGGGGUUAAAUGAAGGGGAAACUGCAGAGGCUGCUGUGUGAAGGAAUAAGUGUGUGUGCGUGCAUCUGUCAGUAAACAGUUGGUCUACCAUAGGGCUCUCCUGGUCCUGGGGACCAAAAGCCUUUGUUAAAUAAAGAAUCCUGCAGGCGAAGUUUUUUUUUUAGUCAGCUAGUGAAUUGAAGAGGUGAGGCUCCAGAGUUUUAGCCUUUACUUUAUUUUGAGGUGGGUUUGUUAACAAACAAACAGCAACAACAAAAACCUCUAUCUGAGAUUUUCCUAGUUAAUUUCCUUGAAAUUUAGGGGAAAAAUGAUUUUCUUUCUCUUUCACUUUGUGAUGUCGGGCUCAAACCGUUGUGCAUUCUGGGUAUCUUUCCCACAUCUGCCCACAUCGAUGGCCUGAGCGCCUGUUUAUCUCCAUUCUGAUAAGAACUGUAUAACAUCCUCUAUUUUUGUUUCUUCUGAGUCUGUGAUUAAAACCCCUUACCCUUUCAAAGCAAAAGCUGCCUCUAAGAGGCAACAGUCACUAGAAGGGUGCCCGAUGCCCUCAGGUGGCCCCGUGACAGCUCAGUAGCACUAACUCCAAGCUGAGCAAUGUCCGGAGCAUUCCCGAGAGCCCCUUCCUCCUCAAGGUGGAAGCAUGCACGUUUUCUCUGAGGGUUGGGCACUUUUGAUUCCGUACCUUUACAAAUUGGCUUUUGAAAUUAAUGGUUCCUUUGAAAAACAGUUUGAGAAUCAAAAGUUUGUUUCUAAAAGUAAAAGCUAAGACAAAGUCCUCACAGAGCCGUCCUUGGUGGCUUAAAGACAAUUCCCUUGAAGGCCAUUAGAUGGCAGCAGAGGAUCGGAGCUGCUGCUGGCCUGCCUCCUAGGAAGUUUAGACUUUUUUUUUUUUAAUUCUGACCUGAACAUUCCGUUGAAGUGAUAGACUCCACAGGCUUUCUCUCUAGUUGAAGGGAUUAACUUUUUUAAAACCACUUUUUAACAUAUAAAAAAAAUCUUUUUUAAUUAAUUUUUUCUUUAUCCUUUCUUCUUUCUCUCUUUCUUUCUAAAUUUUUUUUUCUCUAUUUUUCCAAGACAGGGUUUCUCUAUGUAGUUCUGGCUCUCUCUCUGUAGACCAUGCUGGCCUCAACUCAGAGAUCUUCCUGCCUCUGCUUCCUGAAUUCUGGAAUUAAAAGUGUAUACCACCACCAAAGGACCAAAACAAAUAAGCAAAAUCCAAAACAACAAUAACAACAAAACUACUUUUUAUUUUAUUUUUUUUAAGUUUGAAGGUAGUUUCUAAAGUACAAAAAGGUCCACUUUGAAGAUCAUGGAAAGAGUGGCUAUCAGACAGUAUUAUCAAUUUAUUCAAAUUAUGUCUAUGUCUAUACCUGGAUAAAAAGAAACCUACACUUCACUCUAAAACUUCAGCAUGUUUCAAGGCAGUAUUUUAAGACAAGGUACAGUGUCAAUUUAUUAAGUGCCUUAUGGGACAGGGUCUUAACCUGCCUUCUCUCUGGAGUUAAUAUGGUUGCUGAUGUUUCUAACCCAGAGACAACUUAAAGCACUUGGUGAUGUGGGUGUGUCUGUAACACUUCACCACCUGUCAUUUUCCACAAGUAUGGUGAAAACUACUUCAACUUUUUGUAGCUAAGUCAAAGGAAAUUGUGUUUGUGUUGUUACUGAUGUUCUGUGUUGCCGGUCUGUAAUAUAAAAAAAUGGCUCCUGUUCUCCAUAUUUAUUCAUGAGCUAUAAAAUUGUAUGCAUUGUGUAGAGAGUAUACAUUUCCACAAGCUUUUCUAUCUCAAGCUCUUUAUACAUUGUUGGACUGUGUGGCACAAACCUUGUUUCAUUAUUUAAUAAACUGAAAUAUUAUAUGAUAA